CGACGUCAUUAGGCCUUAUCCAGGAAGUAGAAAAAACAUCAACAAUUCAGGCCAGGGCGAAGUGUCACUGUAGCUUAGUAGCUAGUCACAAUUUCACGCGUACUUCGACCAUUUAAAAUCAUACAUCUUUAGCGUUUUAGCACCACAGUUAUGGCAUUGUUUGGUAGGAUUUUUGGCGGAGGGGGAAAAGGAGGAAAGGGGCCGAGCCCGCAAGAGGCGAUCCAGAAACUCCGAGAGACAGAGGAGAUGCUAACGAAGAAACAGGAAUUUCUAGAGAAAAAGAUUGACCAGGAGCUGAUCAUCGCCAAGAAAAACGGCACGAAAAACAAAAGAGCGGCUCUGCAGGCCUUGAAAAGAAAGAAGCGGUACGAGAAGCAGCUCGCCCAGAUCGACGGCACGCUGUCGACCAUCGAGUUCCAGAGAGAGGCUCUGGAGAACGCCAACACCAACACUGAGGUGCUCAAGAACAUGGGCUUCGCUGCCAAGGCCAUGAAGUCUGCCCAUGAAAACAUGGACAUCGACAAGGUGGAUGACCUGAUGCAGGACAUCACAGAGCAGCAGGAGCUGGCCCAGGUCUCCGAUGCCAUCUCUAAACCGGUCGGCUUUGGAGAGGAGUUUGAUGAGGAUGAGCUCCUGGCCGAGCUGGAUGAGCUGGAACAGGAGGAGCUGGACAAGAACCUGCUGGAGAUCGGGGGAACAGAGAACGUUCCCCUUCCCAACGUGCCUUCCACUUCAUUACCUUCCAGACCUGCCAAGAAGGAGAAAGAGGAGGACGAGGACGACAUGGAGGAUCUACAGCGCUGGGCGAUGGAGGCCAUGUAAACGCAGCAUCGACCACAUCACACCGACAUCACAGAGACGAGACGAAGGAGCAAAGAGGGAGUGAAUGGACUUCUAGGACGUUGUGUAUGGGCGUUUUGUGUGUCCGAGGAGAACUGCCCGUCUUCUACAUGUAACACUACAAAAAGGCAAACAUGCUGUAGUCCCCCCCCCACCCUCUACCCCUCCACCCCCUCCAUGUCCGCCUCCCCCCGCCCCCACAGCCUGAACCAGAGACCCCCCGGCCGCUCGCUGAGGAAGAGCGCACCGGGCUCUUUUCUGUCCAAGCUAUCAUCGCUCCCCUGUCCCGUAACAUUUUUAACCCUCGGUUUCGAUCCAACAAUAGCACUCCACAGAAAAAAAAUCACAUUAGAGCCUGUUAUUACCAGCCCUGUGGUGCGAUAAUUCAGUUAUUGUCGAGCUUAAUGUCCCGGACCGCGGCGUCCAUCGGGUGACAGGGAAAUUUUCGCGAGAGCUAAAUCCUCCUAAAGAUCCAUUUCUGACUCGUACUUACCUGCAAUUUGUGGGCGUUGAACUCGCUGGAUUGUUUUUGUUUUUGUUUGUGGUCAAAAAUGAUAAUCCCCUCCCCCUUGUUGUGUUAAUUGCACUCGAAAAUAGGACAACACCUGAGCAUGUGCCGGAUGGUCGACGAGCUGUGAGCUGUGUGUAUUCCAGAAAAAUGUCUCUCUGAGGCUUUUUGUUUCAGGCGACCGGGCUUUGUUUUCCUUUUUUCGCCUCCCGUCAGCAUUUCGAACCCCCCUCACCCCACCACCCCUCCAAAAAAAAAAACAAAAAAAACCCCAACAAAAAAAACGAAGGCAUUUCUCACCAGUGAUUCUCGUUCUUUGGUGUAAAUAUCCCUCACGUUUCUUUUCUACACGUAUAUCUAUUUUUUGCCGUCACCGAAAGGUCCUCUUCAUGUUGUGUGACGCAUGCAACAACGGGAAAUCAUAAUCCAGAUCACACCGCACGGCUAGAGUAAAGAGAGAUAUAUUAACCCAACACCUUUAUCCCGCUGUCUGUCCGGGCCCUUCCCAGAAAAGGGUUUGUUUUUCUUUCAUUUUGAACUGUAUAAUGUUAAAAAAAAAAAAGAAAGAAAAUGUUUAUGUCACAUUAUUAACUGUAUCCAGAGGGAGAUGAGGGUUUGUACAGGGUUCCCAUUAGGCCAUGAAAAUAAAAAAAAGAGAGAAUUCAUAGAGCUUUUUUUCUUUAAUUAAAAUUAUAGUAUCCAUCCAAACAUUUCACAUCCUGAGGUAACCCAUUGACGGAUUUUUUUUUUACUUUUUCUUUUUUUUUUGGGAUACAGCAACAGUGUUACUGACUGCUUUACUUGAGAUGAGUAAAAAAAUAUAAAAACUGUGAGGCUUCUGUGUUUAAUGUUGUCCAUUUCAUGUCUUUACCUCAGUUGGAGAUCUUGAGUCCUUGAAUUUCAUCCCAGACAAGUUACUGAAAAGUCCAAAUGAGCGGGAACCCUGUCAAUCUCAGAUUAGAUUAGUUGGUCGACAGCAUUUGCUAGCGUUUUUAGAUUUCAAAAUUUUAAUUCCUUUUGUUUUAUCCAGUCAUGAUGUCCAUUUUUCUACAUAGGAAAUAUGUAACACGACGGACAAGCAUGUUUGCAUUUCUAUGUUUUAUUUAUCCAGAUGAGAAUAUUAUUUGGAAAGAAAAAAAAAUCAUUAAACUUCUCAAUUCUUUGACUGUU